AAGCGCGGAGUCCUAACCACUGGACAGCCAGGGAAUUCCCUCAUGCUCCAUUUUGAAGGUGGCCUGCCAAAACAAGAGGGCCACGUGUAAGAAGGCAGAAAUACAUGGAAUAACAUGGUGGCUUUAGGAAAUUACAUGUGGCUCUGCAGGGCUGUAAGGAACAUGGGGUGGGUGUGAAGGAACUAUGGGAGGGAAGACUUUGAUUAGAUCCUGCAGGGCCCUGUGCUCCAAGUGGGCUUUGUGUUUUGCAGCUGUCAUCAGAUUCGCGUUUUAGAGAGAUGACUGGCCUCAGUGGAGAGAGUGGACUGACGUGGGAGAGAAUGGAGGCAGAGAGUUGUGAAAAGAAGUCUUUGGGUCUUGGUUGGGUCGGCCAGCAGAUACCUUUUCUCAGAAUUGGUCUCUCCUGACUUAACAUUUGGCCAACGCAUCGCCUCUCCGGGUUCUCCCUCCCUCCUCCUCCCCGAGGGCAGGCAGGCGGGCGGGGAAGCGAGGAGAGGGGUGGCCCUGCCUGGGUGGUCUCCUGCCCCGCCCCCCGCGGCGCCGUUGCCUAGCAACGGAUCCGGCCGCGCAGCUCCGGGUAAUUUGCCGGCGACUAAGCCAAAGGGAGGGCGUAGCCCCGGCCUUUCCCUUUUUCUUGGACUACAGACGCCUCCUCGGCACAGCGGUCGCCACCUCGAGCCGCGCCGGGCGUCGCGUAGCUAUUCCUGCACGCGGGAGCCACUCCGGUUCCGCGCCCCGGGCCCGCACCGCCCUGCACUCCUACAGCUCACGAACGCCACUGUACACCCGUACCCGCGGCUGAGCGGCCCCACUGAAUUCCGACGCGGGACCUCGCGGUACGCGGGACCAGGCCAGCCUAUGGGGGCGCCCAGAUAACGCGGGUUGGGGGCGCCCAGGCCCCCCAUCCCCGCCAGCAUGGCUCGGCCACCACCCCUUGGGGAGCUGCCCCCGGGCUACACACCCCCAGCUCGAUCUGCAGCACCCCAGAUCCUAGCUGGGAGCCUUCAGGCUCCACUCUGGCUUCGUGCUUACUUCCAGGGCCUGCUCUUCUCUCUGGGCUGUGGGAUCCAGAGACACUGUGGCAAAGUGCUCUUCCUGGGACUUUUGGCCUUUGGGGCCCUAGCGUUGGGUCUCCGCGUGGCCAUCAUUGAAACAGACCUAGAACAGCUCUGGGUGGAAGCGGGCAGCCGGGUGAGCCAAGAGCUGCAAUACACCAAGGAGAAGCUGGGGGAGGAGGCUGCAUACACCUCCCAGAUGUUGAUACAGACCCCGCGCCAGGAGGGGGAGAACGUCCUCACACCUGAGGCACUUGGCCUCCACCUUCAGGCAGCCCUCACCGCCAGUAAAGUGUCCUGGGAUUUGAACAAAAUCUGCUACAAGUCAGGAGUUCCCCUAAUUGAAAAUGGAAUGAUCGAGCGGAUGAUUGAGAAGCUGUUUCCCUGCGUGAUCCUCACCCCCAUCGACUGCUUCUGGGAAGGAGCCAAACUGCAAGGGGGCUCUGCCUACUUACCGGGCCGCCCCGACAUCCAGUGGACCAACCUGGAUCCAGAGCAGCUGCUGGAGGAGCUGGGCCCCUUUGCCUCCCUUGAGGGCUUCCGGGAGCUGCUAGACAAGGCACAGGUGGGCCAGGCCUACGUGGGGCGGCCCUGUCUGCACCCUGACGACCUCCACUGCCCAUCUAGUGCCCCUAACCAUCACAGCAGGCAGGCUCCCAAUGUGGCUCAGGAGUUGAGCGGGGGCUGCCAUGGCUUCUCCCACAAGUUCAUGCACUGGCAGGAGGAACUGCUGCUGGGAGGCAUGGCCAGAGACCCCCAAGGACAGCUGCUGAGGGCAGAGGCCCUGCAGAGCACCUUCCUGCUUAUGAGUCCCCGCCAGCUCUACGAGCACUUCCGGGGCGACUACCAGACACACGACAUCGGCUGGAGCGAGGAGCAGGCCAGCACGGUGCUGCAGGCCUGGCAGCGGCGCUUCGUGCAGCUGGCGCAGGAGGCCCUGCCUGGGAACGCGUCCCAGCAGAUCCACGCCUUCUCCUCCACCACCCUGGAUGACAUCCUGCACGCCUUCUCUGAAGUCAGCGCUGCCCGCGUGGUGGGAGGCUACCUGCUCAUGCUGGCCUACGCCUGCGUGACAAUGCUGCGGUGGGACUGUGCUCAGUCCCAGGGUGCCGUGGGCCUCGCCGGGGUGCUGCUGGUGGCCCUAGCGGUGGCCUCGGGCCUCGGGCUCUGCGCCCUGCUCGGCAUCGCCUUCAAUGCCGCCACUACCCAGGUACAUCAAGACUGCGGGGCAGACUUGGGGGCCGAUGGCCCAGGCUGCCCGGUUCCUCCAGCUGCCCGCCCCGUGCCCCUCCAGGUGCUGCCCUUCUUGGCACUGGGCAUUGGUGUGGAUGACAUAUUCCUGCUGGCACAUGCCUUCACAGAGGCUCCACCUGGCACCCCUCUCCAGGAGCGCACAGGUGAGUGUCUGCAGCGCACAGGCACCAGCGUUGCACUCACGUCCAUCAACAACAUGGUUGCCUUCUUCAUGGCUGCCCUAGUUCCCAUCCCUGCACUGCGGGCCUUCUCCUUGCAGGCGGCAGUAGUGGUUGGCUGCAACUUUGCAGCCGUGAUGCUUGUCUUCCCAGCGGUCCUCAGCCUGGACCUGCACCGGCGCCACUGCCAGCGCCUUGAUGUGCUCUGCUGCUUCUCUAGCCCCUGCUCUGCUCGGGUGAUUCAGAUUCUGCCCCAGGAGCUGGGGGAUAGGACAGUACCAGUGGGCAUUGCUCACCUGACUGCCACUGUUCAGGCAUUUGCGCACUGUGAAGCCAGCAGCCAGCAUGUGGUCACCCUCCUGCCUCCUCAAGCCCACCUGGUGCCCCCACCUUCUGACCCACUGGCCUCUGAGCUCUUCAGCCCAGGAGGGUCAACACGGGACCUUCUAGGCCAGGAGGAGGGGACAAGGCAGAAGGCAGCCUGCAAGUCCCUGCCCUGCGCCCGCUGGAAUCUUGCCCAUUUCGCCCGCUCUCGAUUUGCACCCUUGCUGCUCCAGUCCCACACCAAGGCCAUGGUGCUGGUACUUUUUGGGGCUCUUCUGGGCCUGAGCCUCUAUGGAUCGACCUUGGUGCAGGAUGGGCUGGCCCUGACAGAUGUGGUGCCUCGGGGCACCAAGGAGCAUGCCUUCCUGAGCGCCCAGCUCAGGUACUUCUCUCUGUACGAGGUGGCCCUGGUGACACAGGGUGGCUUUGACUACGCCCACUCCCAACGCGCCCUCUUUGAUCUGCACCGGCGCUUCAGUUCCCUCAAGGCAGUGCUGCCCCCACCGGCCACGCAGGCACCCCGCACCUGGCUGCACUAUUACCGCAACUGGCUACAGGGAAUCCAGGCUGCGUUUGACCAGGACUGGGCUUCUGGGCGUAUCACCCACCACUCAUACCGCAAUGGCUCUGAGGAUGGGGCUCUAGCCUACAAGCUGCUCAUCCAGACCGGGGAUGCCCAGGAGCCUCUUGAUUUCAGCCAGCUGACCACAAGGAAGCUGGUGGACAAGGACGGGCUGAUACCACCUGAGCUCUUCUACAUGGGGCUGACCAUGUGGGUGAGCAGUGACCCUCUGGGUCUGGCAGCCUCACAAGCCAACUUCUACCCCCCACCUCCCGAGUGGCUGCAUGACAAGUACGACACCACCGGGGAGAACCUUCGCAUCCCGGCGGCCCAGCCCCUGGAGUUUGCCCAGUUCCCCUUUCUACUGCACGGACUCCAGAAGACUGCAGACUUCGUGGAGACCAUUGAGGGGGCCCGGGCAGCGUGUGCCGAGGCAGGCCAGGCUGGGGUGCGCGCCUACCCCAGCGGCUCCCCCUUCCUCUUCUGGGAGCAGUAUCUGGGCCUGCGGCGCUGUUUCCUGCUGGCAGUCUGCAUCCUGCUGGUGUGCACUUUCCUCGUCUGCGCCCUGCUGCUGCUCAACCCCUGGGCAGCUUCCCUCAUAGUGCUGGUCCUGACAGUGAUGACUGUGGAGCUCUUUGGCAUCAUGGGUUUCCUGGGCAUCAAGCUGAGCGCCAUCCCCGUGGUGAUCCUUGUGGCGUCUGUAGGCAUUGGUGUCGAGUUCACGGUCCAUGUGGCUCUGGGCUUCCUGACCUCCCAGGGUAGCCGGAACCUCCGGGCUGCCCGGGCCCUAGAGCACACAUUGGCCCCGGUGACCGAUGGGGCCGUCUCCACAUUGCUGGGUCUGCUCAUGCUUGCUGGUUCCAACUUUGACUUCAUUGUAAGGUACUUCUUCGUGGUGCUGACAGUACUCACACUCCUAGGCCUCCUCCAUGGGCUCGUGCUGCUGCCUGUGCUGCUGUCCAUCCUGGGCCCCCCACCAGAGGUGGUACAGAUGUACAAGGAGAGCCCGGAGGUCCUGAGCCCACCAGCUGCACAAGGAGGAGGGCUCAGGUGGGGGGUAGCCCCCACCCUUCCCCAGAGCUUUGCCAGAGUGACUACCUCCAUGACCGUGGCCCUUCGCCCACCCCCACUGCCUGGUGCCUACAUCCACCCGGCCUCUGAAGAGCCUACUUGGUCCCCUGCUGCCACACCAGCUGCCAGUGGCUCCAGCAACCUCAGUUCUAGGGGACCAUGUCCAGCCACCUGAUGAAAGAGCAGCUGAAGCGUGGAGACCCUGUUCAGGCCACAUGAAGGCACCGGGAAGCCAUGGGGGGCUAUUGAAUGCAGGGCGGACUCCUGGAGAGCCCUGCUGCUGCUGCUGUCUGCCUCCAUCCCCUCCCCGACCCAGCCAUCACAGACCUCCCAGAGAUCCACACUAAACCACCAUCCUCUAGGCUGUGAGCAGCCUUGCACACCCGGGUGCUCCGUGCCUGUGCCCGUGACUGGGUGGGGUGAAAGCCAGCAAGCACUUCAGGCUGCAGUGCAGCCCUGUCCCCCCUCCCACCCCGCCCUGCUGCCCCCAGCAGACCAAGCCUGAGGGAUCCUCUAGCACCCUUCUCCAGUCCUGGUCCCCCACUGCUUGCUGACUUCUGGGUAGGCUCUCUGUAUCCCUGCCCACCUCUUACCACAUAAAUUAUUUAUAUGGAGACGUUUAUUUUUGUAGUUUGUAUAGAUGUUAGCUAUGCCGAAAGUUUUAUUUUUAAAAGUGAAAUAUAUUCUAUAU